CUCCCCUUCUUCUUCUUCUUCACUUGGGAAAGAAAACCCUAAGCUCUUCAGCGGCCGCUGCUAAAAAGGGGUAAUUGAACUAAGAAUUCAGCAAUGGCUCCAGCUAAAGUUGACAGCAAGAAAAAAACUGAUCCAAAGGCUCAAGCAGUUAAGGCUGCCAAGGCUGUGAAGUCUGGUACAACAUUCAAGAAGAAGGCUAAGAAGAUCCGGACAAAAGUUACAUUUCAUCGGCCAAAGACUCUGAAAAAAGAAAGGAACCCAAAAUAUCCUCGCAUUAGUGCACCACCCAGAAAUAAGUUGGAUCAGUAUCAAAUCCUCAAGUAUCCCCUAACUACUGAGUCUGCAAUGAAAAAAAUUGAGGACAACAACACACUGGUUUUCAUUGUUGACAUUCGUGCUGACAAGAAGAAGAUUAAAGAUGCAGUGAAGAAGAUGUAUGACAUUCAGACGAAGAAAGUGAAUACAUUGAUCAGGCCUGAUGGAACUAAGAAGGCAUAUGUUAGGUUGACUCCAGAUUAUGAUGCCUUGGAUGUGGCAAACAAGAUUGGGAUUAUCUAAGAUAUCUGGGCUGUCAAGCGAUGUCUUCAACUCUUUCAACAGUUUUGUUUGGAUUGAUUCACUAUGUUAGGGCCUUGUUCGCAUUUUGGCAUUAUAUGUAUCAAGAAUUAUGUUUACAAUUAAAUUCUGCACGGGAAUUGGAUUAGGAUUUACACACUUGAUAUGUUGUUAUGAAUGGUUUUAACAUUUCAUUAUCAUGCUUAAUUCA